UCUAGUUGGCUUCUAUCUGAUCAUGGAUUUCGAACGAAGCGAGCCGAUCGGCAUCGUCACAUUUCUCUGCUUACUAAUCGCCCUCACCUUCAACGUAUUCAUAUUCUGCUACGUGGGAGAAAUUUUGACCGAACAGUGCAGACUCGUGGGCAAAUACGUGUACGCCGUCGACUGGUACGAGCUUCCGGCCCGCGAGGCCCGCAACUUCGUCCUGAUACUGGCCCAGUCGCAGCGGCCCAUCGUCCUCACGGCCGGCAAGAUGUUCGUGCUGUCGAUGCAGAAUUUCGCCAAUAAAAGGUCUACGAACGAGGAGGGCUACUCGUACUCCGAGCAAAUGACUCGAUACAUCAUGAUAGCAGUGGGACUCUGGCCCGUCGAUGCUGACUAUCCGAGAUUCUUAAGAAGCUUUCUCAUCGUCGGCUGCGUCCUGGUCACCCUCUUCAUGAUGAUACCUCUGAGCAUAUUCAUCUGCGUCGACGCCCCGAACAUCACGGUUCAAAUACAAUUAAUGGCCCCGUAUCUGUUCACCCUGCUGUGCAUGAGCAAGUACGCGAAUGUGCUGUGGAAGGGUCGCCGAAUCGAGACCUGCAUGCGUCGCAUGGCCGAGGAUUGGGGUAAAAUCGUCGAUCCGCUGGAGAGAUCGAUGAUGCUGGACUACACGAGGCGAGCCCGCAACAUGACCAAGUUCUGUCUGGCUCUGACUUUCUCGGGCGGCAUGUGCUACUCGACUUUCGUGCCGCUCAGCAAGUCGCCCGACGUCGUCGACAACGUGACGCUGCACACCCUGGCCUAUCCAGGAAAUUAUAUCUUCUUCAAUCCACGCACUCGACCAGCCUACGAUUACGUGUUUGCUCUGCACUGUCUCGGCAGCAUCGUCAAGUUCACGACCUCCUGCGGGGUUUGCAGCAUCUUCAUCUGGUUCGUCAUGCACAUCUCCAGCCGAGUCGACGUUCUCGGCACGACGAUCGAGCGAGCCGUCGACAGAUUCGACAAUCGAAUACUCGCCCGAAUCGUUAACGAUCAAUUGAAAUUAUACGGUUUGGCGAUCGAACUCGGCGAUAUUUUCAACGAACUCAGCUUCGUGGAGCUCAUGGGGAAUACGAUACUUAUUUGCCUCGUUGGAUACUACUUGAUAAGCGCAUUUUUUCAGCAUAAUUACACGAGAGCUUACACCCUCACCAUCUCGUUGCUCAGCAUGACUUACAACAUAUUCGUUCUGUGCUACUACGGUCAGAUACUCAUGGAUAAGUUCGAAGAGCUCGGCAGAUCGGUGUACAUGAGCAACUGGUACAAGCUGUCGGGUAGCAGCGCCCGCAGCGUCGUCCUCGUGCUCGGCUGGUCGAACCGUCCUUUCAGACUGACCGCCGGCAAGCUCAUCACUCUGUCGAUCGAGAGUUUCGCCAAGGUAGUUGAACUUGACUGUUUAAGCUUUGACCCUAUAAAAUAUUUAAAACAAUUGGAUAUCCUCUGUAAUUUUUGUCUCCCAAAAAAGUUUGGUGAAGAUCUCUGCGACUCGAACAUGAAAGACUCUCCUUAUAGUGAAAACGUCGGCUGCUUAUUUCAAUGUGCUUUGGAACAUGACCUCUAG